AGUUGAUUGAUCGUCCAACGUCCAACAUUGUACUUUGGGCAUACAAGAGAAAUACCAGGAUUCGGUCAAACAGUACUAGAACGUAGGAACGUAUCAGGCCAUUCUCAGACCAUGUCGCAAAAGACUGUAGGAGUUCUCGGCGGUGGCCAGCUCGGCCGAAUGCUCUCCCAACCCGCCUCUCUUCUCGGAAUCCCACUCUUGUUCCUCGAUUCGGGUGAUAAGACACCUGCCAAGCUGAUCGCUCCUCCCCCAGAGGGACACUCAUCCCACCUGGACGGACCCUUCAACUCUCGACCUCAUAUCCUCGAACUAGCUGAAAAGUCGGACAUCCUCACCAUCGAGAUCGAACACGUCAACGCUGAUGUCUUGGCCGAGGUGGAAGAGAAGGGCAAAUGCGACGUACAGCCUAAACCGGCUACGAUCAAAUUGAUCCAGGACAAGUAUGCCCAAAAGGUGCAUCUAGAGAAGCACGGGAUCGCCGUGGCUCCGUUUUCCGCUGUCAGUCAGGACGCUUCGAGGGAAGAAUGGGAGAAGCUGGGAAAGGAAUUGGGCACGCCAAUGAUGUUGAAAUCGAGGACGAUGGCUUAUGAUGGCAAGGGGAACUCUCCCCUGGCUAGCGUGUCUGAGGAGGACGUCCAGUCGAGCUUGACCCAGCUUGGAGCGGGGACGGGUGGGAAACAACUCUCGCUCUACGCGGAAGGGUGGAUGCCGUUCGUAAAAGAGAUCGCCGUCAUGGUCGUGAGGAACGUCGAAGGGCAGGUCGUCUCCUACGACGCCGUGGAAACGGUCCACAAGGACUCGAUCUUGAGGGUGUGCAUCGCCCCGCUGAGGAUGCACGAUUGGGAUAGCAAGAAGGCGGGAGGAAAGUGGGAAGAGAGCGUGAACGUCCGAGCGAAAAAGUUGGCGGAGAAGGCGGUGGGCGUGUUGGAUGGAGCGGGGGUCUUUGGAGUGGAAAUGUUCCUCAUGCAGGAUGGCUCGCUCUUGAUCAACGAGAUCGCACCUCGUCCCCACAACUCGGGUCACCACACCAUCGAAGCCUGUCACACUUCUCAAUUCGAAAACCACCUCCGGGCCAUCCUCUCCCUCCCACUCGGCUCCACUUCUUUGCGAGUCCCCGCAGCGGGAAUGGUCAACCUGAUCGGGAGCUCGAACAGUAUGGAACCGAUCGACAGGGCCGUGAGGACCGCCCUGGGGGUGACGGGAGCGAGCGUGCAUCUGUAUGGAAAGAAGGAGUGUAGGAAGGGGAGAAAGGUCGGGCAUAUCACCGUGACGGGAGAGAAUGAUGCGGUGGUCAGGGAGAGGAUGAGGACGAUCUUGAGGUCGAUGGAGGAUAUCGACGAGGAAUGGAUCGGCAAGACCAUCGGAUCGUCACCAUUAUCGUCCUCGGCGUCAGCAUCACCUUCGGGCGCGAAAUCCCACCCUCAACCUUUGGUCGGGAUCAUCAUGGGCUCAGACUCUGAUCUCCCUACUCUCCUUCCCGGAGCUCGGAUCCUGGACAAGUUUGAGAUUCCAUACGAACUCACCAUCUGUUCGGCCCACCGGACCCCUCAGCGUAUGGUGGACUAUGCGAGGAACGCGGCGGGCAGGGGGUUGAAGUGUAUCGUCGCCGGAGCUGGGGGUGCGGCGCACUUGCCUGGGAUGGUCGCUAGUGAGACGGCUUUGCCUGUCGUUGGGGUGCCUGUGAAGGGAAGCGUAUUGGAUGGGGUGGAUUCGCUUUAUAGUAUCGUACAGAUGCCUCGAGGAAUCCCUACGGCUACAGUCGGGAUCAACAACUCCACCAACGCCGCCCUGCUCGCCAUCCGGAUCAUCGCAGCUUCAGAUCCCAAGCUGUUGAAACGGGUAGAAGAGUACGCAGAGAGCUUGGAGGAAGAGGUCUUGGAGAAGGUCGAUGCGUUGGAACAGAUGGGUUGGGAAGCUUAUGCGUCAGAGAGGUUGAAGAAGUAGAUAGUAUCAUGACGAAUAUGUAGUGAUCUAGACUCGUCGUUGAGAUUUCCAAGAUGAUUGACAUUCGAUCAAUCGACCCGUG